AUGGCGACGCAAUGGCAGCUCUGUGUGUGCAGCCUGGGGAUCCUUCUCCUGGCACCGUGUUCUCUCUCUGAGGAGUUCUCCCUGGCUGGCUCCCCGCACCCCAUGGUGAGAGUAGUUGGCCAGGAUGUGGUGUUACCCUGCCAGCUCUCGCCCCCAGCCCGACUGUCCAGCAUGGAUGUCCUGUGGAGGAAAAUUGGAUCAGGAUAUAUCUCGGUUCAUGAGUACUCAGAUGAGGGUAGCCGGGACCUGCCAGGGGAGAGUUACCAGACCCGGACGGAGCUGUUCCGGCAGGAGUUCAGCAGUGGGAAUGUCUCCCUGAAGCUGAAACGGCUCCAAGUGGCAGAUGCCGGUACAUACCAUUGCCUUGUGAGGAACCCAGAAUGGAGCCAGGAAGCCAUCACUGAGCUACAGGUUGCAGCUGUGGCUCCUGUGUUCAUUGAUGUACUGGGCCCCCGGGAUCAGGGGAUCGGGCUGGCCUGUAGAACCACAGGCUGGUUCCCCAAACCCGACCUCCAGUGGGUUGGAAAGAACUGGCAGAACCUGUCGAUGGAGAUUGUGACCGACAUGACUCAGGACAGGGAGAACCUGUAUAGUGUUGUGAGUCACGUCACUGUCACACAAGGGGAAGACAAUGGCGACAUCAGCUGCAUAGUGCGGAAUGGCCUGCUGGAGACCGAGCGACAAUCUGCCAUUCACCUCUCAGGUGACAUCUUCCCCCAUGUUUCUCCCUGGCUGGCUGCAUUCUGGGUAUUGUUCACUCUGGUUCUCAUUGCUGCUGGAGCGUGUGCAUAUCUUGGAUACACAGCGAAGCGAAAGGCCUCUCAGAAGAAACGCUCUAAAUGUGAGACUCUACUAAAUCUUGAGACUGAGAAGAAGACCUGGGAAUCAGAGUGUGACAAGCUGCACAGAAGGGUUGAAAAUGUCAGAGCCACACUGGAGUCAGACACCAGUACCAAAGAAUUGGAUUUCAGAAGAGCUCGGAGCUAUGCUGUUCCCAUCACUCUGGAUCCGGGUUGCAAACACCCAGAACUCAAAGUGUCUGAGGAUGGGAAAAGAGUCUGGUAUGAACCUGCAUCUCUUGAGCAGGUGGUGGGGAGGAAGGGGCUUGUUGCUGGCAGUAUAGGUGCCGACUCUCUAAUCAGGGGUGCCACAAAACAGCUGAACAAUGGUGGCACCAAACAGCUGUUUGGCAGCUUGCGGCAGGGCGUGGAAGAGAGCAGAGAGUAG